AAUUUGAUAAUAUCAAAAUCGCUUAGCAACAGCGCCAUUUUCAUGUUUACAAUAUGGCGGCGGAUAAGAUUGAACAGAAUUUCUUGUAAAAUUUUGGAAAUUAAACAGACAUAGUUCCACAUUCUUAUUCAAGGGGACAGAAAAAAAACGGCAUCAUGCCAGCAGUUUUGGAGAUGACCCAGGUUGGACCAAUGCCGGGGGACCCUAGUAAACUGGAGCCGUCAACAAGCCCACGACAAAUUCAGAUAUUAAAGAAUAAUUACUAUGGAAUUGAGGUCAUCAAUAAUGUGGUUUACCAAGGAUGGGAACCGGGAAGAGAAUACACCAAAAAUAUUGUACUGAAAAAUGUCAAUGUCAAAACACAAAAAAUUAAAUAUAAGAAUCCAAAGAGUAGAUUUUACACAACACUGUUCCCAAAGCCAGUUGUUUUGAGUGCAGGUACCAGUUUCUCAUUGCCAAUAACAUUCCGACCACUGGAGAAAGUUGUCUAUGAAGACAGUAUAGAAUUCCAUACUAAGGAUGGGGUAUUUGAAGUACCAAUUACAGCUGUUUUGCCUCAAGUUGACAUCACAGUCCCAGAAUUCCUAGAUUUCAGUAUGUGUGCUGCUAAAGAUUCUGUAGAGACCCUAUUUGAAGUUAAAAACUCAGGUGACCUUGAAACCAAAGUGGAAUGGGAAGUCGGAGAACCUUUCACUAUAGACCCACCAGCAGCAAUAUUAAAAUCUCAGCAGAUUAAAAAGUUUAAGGCAACAUUCAAACCAGAGAAUGCCAGCGUAUUUGAAGCAGAGGCUGUCUGUAAAUAUGGAAAUGAGUUGAAUCUUGGAAAAGUUACAAAAUUAGAAGGAAUAGGUAAAUAUCCCCACAUUUUGAUUUCAUUGCCCGGAAGACCAGCUACAACACUGAACAAAGAUAACUUGGAGGCCACAGUCCAGUUUGGUGGUGCUCCUGUUGGAACAACUUUACAGAAAUACAUAGAACUACACAAUUUAGCUCCUGUACGAGCUCCAUUUAAAGUAGAACAUCCAACAAGAUUAAGCAGGAUAGAUACAGUAUUUGACUGUCCACAGAAAGCAGGAAUUGUUCCUCCAAUGGGAUCAAUCAAGUUACCUUUGACAUAUAACCCUCACACAGUUGACACAACAAGUAUUGAUUAUUUUCAUAUUGUUGCUAUUGGUAACAUCAGUAAAAGUGUGGUCAAGUGUCAAGGUGUCUCAAAAGGUCCAUUUGUUCAACUUAGUUCACCAACGAUCAAUUUUAUGCAAAUUGAUUCAGGACGGAUUGGAACAAAGACUAUUGAUAUUGUUAACAACUCAGAUGUAGAUGCUCAGUUCCAGUUUAUGAUUGACUGUGAAGAAAGUGUUUUCAAAUUUGAGAAAUUAACAGGAACAGUCCGAGCUAACAGCACUAUAACAGUGAUAAUAAAGUUCUUUCCAGUUCAUCCAAUCAACUAUUAUAAACGGCUGGCAUGCAUUGUCCACAAUCAGGGACCAUUGUUUUUAGACCUUAUAGGAACAUGUCAUUCAGAAACAGUGAAACCAGCAGUAUUAUUAUCUAAACAUUUAGACCGAUAUAAAUGUCAUGUAGAAAGAGGCCUGUCUACAUACCCACCGGAGGAACUGAAUGAGUUAGUUAGGAGCAACAAACUGGAAAUAGAUGACGCUGGAGCAGUUAUGAUACCAGAGACGGAAGUAGAACAUCCACACAAUCCACAGUCAAUACACUCGGUCCAUCCAAUGGACGAAUAUUUCAACGACGGGUUCCACUGUGAUGUUAUUAACUUUGUUCCUCAUGUGAGUUUGGAGACCAACAACAUUGAUUUUGGUAACUGCCAGAAUAUUAGAACUAUUGAAAAUAAGGUGAUCAACAUUACCAAUCAUACUAAAGGGAAGAUAACUGUGCAGUGGAUGGGAGGACAUGAGAAAACAUUUUGUGUGAUGCCUUUAUCUAUGGAUAUACCACCACUGAAGUCAUGUGCCUUCCAGGUCACAUUCAAACCUAAUGCACCAAAUCAAUUUUACGGAUCAGAAUUGGAAUGUUUUGCAUAUUACAAGAGUUUAAGAGAUUUCCGUCUGGUAGAAGAUACAACACACUUUCCACCGUGGUGUUUAAAUCUAACUUGUUCAGGUCAGACAUUCCUGCCAAACAAUGAGACAUUCCUACCCAGAUUUACAUUAGACACAUCACGUUUGGUAUUCCCAGCUGUAAACACCAAAGAAUCAGCGUACAGAACGUUACAGAUGAGAAACAAUGGGACAACACCUAUCUUCUUUGAUGUACAGAAAGAUCCAAACAAUGUUUAUUCUGUGAAGCCUGCCAAAGCUUUGAUGAAAGGUGAAAUGAUGACCUUCGUUGUGAAAUGUACACCAGCAGAGGUCAGAACGUAUAAACAUAACUUGAUGUUACGGCUGAAUGACAAUGAAAAGUACAACAAGGAGCUUGAAGUAUGGGGAUCGGCUGAAUCCCCAGAAGUCUUGUUAGAUACAGAUGGAUGUUUAUAUUUCAGAGAAACUUGUAUCGGAACAUUCUCAAAACAAUGUUACACCAUCAAAAAUAUUUCUAGGAUACCUCUAAGAUUUGAAUGGAAGUUUAAAUUUGCAGAUAAGAAAUUAUUGUCAGUAACUCCAGAUUGUGGCAUCAUUCAGCCAAAUGAAAAUCAGACACAUGCUUGGUCAUUUACUCCAACAUCUAAGGAGAAAUAUGUGAUGAAGCCUAGCCUGAUUGUCUGGGGACAGGGAUUCAGCAGUACAUCGUCUGGUGGAAAGAAAAAGGAAUUUAAUAUUAGAGCUAUUGGUGAAGGCACUAUUGGAGAUAUCAAGGCUGACCAGACAUAUAUUGAAUUUGGGGAUGUUGUGGUUGGUAGUUCAGCUUGUAAGACUAUUACAAUUUCUAAUGAGAGUACAUGUAGUCUCCAUUACGAGCUAUUUAUAGAACAGACGAUGACUGGACCUUAUCCAGAGGAGCUAACCUUAGAUGACAGAAUAGCUCUUCAGUUAGAGAGAACAGAAGGUAUCUUACCAGCUAGAUCUAAACAUGUGAUCAUGGCAACUGUGAAACCAGUCAGACGGGUCCAGUACCAGUUUUCUGUUUCAUAUAAACUUGUGACACCGGAAGCCACAACAUCACAUCCGACAGCCACAGAACCUCAACAUUUGUGUCAUGUGUUGACUACUGGAGUGUUCCCUGUCAUGGCCGUCACUGAUGCACGUUGCUAUGGUAGUGCCAUUGGUAUUAGUAAGAAACAGUUAUGGGGUCUGUUCUCUCUAGACAAUAUGAACGUUUGUUUGGAUUCAGAUCCAUCUGCUGAGGAACUGAGAUACAGUGUAGCUACAAGGCACAGUCACCAUAGACGGCCACCAGUCUACACGAGAGCUAUAUUAGACUUUAACUUCAGUGCCGCACCAGUGGGAAGUGAGCCGUGUAUUGUGAAUUUGAUGUUUGAAAAUACAGGAACUGUAGCCACAGAUUGGGCUUUCCUGUUCCCAUCAGACUUACAGCUAGAAUUAGAGUACUGGGCAGAGACUGGAGAAUUUGAUGAAGAUGAACUACAUGAGAUGAAGGUGAUGGACAACAAAUUGUUUUCCGUAGAACCACAGGAAGGAAAACUUCAACCAGGAGAGUGUCGAACUGUUACCUUUACCUAUAGACACAACAUGACUGGAACAGAUAGACUUCCUGUCCUUCUCAAGCUAGCUCGGGGUAGAGAAGUUCUGUUGAAUUUUAUUGGAGUAACAGUUGAAGCAGAAAGGAAUUAUAUCCAUUUCCCAUCCAAUAAACAUCUGUUUACUCCAGUACCAGUGGGAGAGAAAUCCAGUCCAAAACAAGUCUAUGAACUUUAUAAUGGAGGUGCUAAAACAGUUAAAUUCACCUUUGACCUUGCACCUCUUGAACUCUUACAACAGGAAAAUUUUGACCAGCCAGUAUUUGAGUGUUUGACACCAUUUGGAGAGAUACCACCAGGACGAUCGCUUGCUGUAGAAUGGAGAUUCUCACCAAUUGAGGCCAAAACUUAUAUGGUUGAUGUCCCAGUGAUCGUAGAUAAAGGAGAUACAGCUAUAGUUACAUUUACUGGUGUUGGAUAUGACAAGAGGAUCAUGGGAGAAACCAUGCCGAUGACUGACCAAUCAGAUUUAACGGGUGUUCCUGGAGUACAGAGCGCCAUUGUUCCUGGACAGCUUGUAUACUUGUCACAAGAAAGGCUAUCAUUCGGAAACCUGCCAUUAUUCAGCAGAGCACGACGUAUGGUGUUUGUGUCUAAUCGUUCAAAGGAGAAUGAUGCUUCGUUUGAAUGGCAUGUUACUUCACAGUCAGAUGCACAGUAUUUGUCUAUAUCACCUGUAAGAGGUUACCUGGCCCCAGGAGAGAGCCGCAUGUGUCGUGUGGUAUUUGUUGCCUGUGGCGUCCCAUCAUUUUAUGACCUGGACCUAGUUUGUGAGAUAACUGACGAAGUAGAGAACAGAGCGUACAAACAGAGAUUACAGGAUUGGAACGAAGAGAAACGUCGACAGACAUACGAGUUUACAAUCACGGAGAACGAUCUAGACGCUGAUCAACGUUUACCUGAGGUUGAAAUCAAGGAGAGGUCAGCAAGUCGACUUAGUUCAUUAGAAACAAAACGUGAGAAUUCAGAAGGAGAGCUGACCAAAUAUAGGACCCUGCCACCAAUCAAGGUGCUAUCCCCUGAUGAGGAGAAAGAAAUUGCUGUACAGAAAAUGAAGAAAGAUUCUCUACUGUGGGAAAAACCAAACUCUCCUAAGCCAUUUUUACUACAUCUUGGACUAACAGCAAGAACUCAUGAUGUUAGAGAAUUCCAAAUUAAUUUCCCUGAGGAAUACAGAAACUUUUAUAUAGAUCGUUCAUUAAGUGAGAAAAUGGCACCAAAAAUAGAGAAGAAACAAAAACAGACAGUGACCACACCUGAUCUAAUAACAUGUUCUACUGCUGAGGCUGAUGUUGUGUCUGGUGUCCUUAGUAAUGUGCUGCGGGGUUUAUUGGAUGAUACAUACUUCCAUGAAGCGGUCAGAAAAGUGACCAAUGAAUCAAUUCCAUAUUAUGCCCAGAUCGGCCAGCGUCCAGUUACAGCACCAACUCCAUCGAGAGAAUCUACAAAGGUUACUGGAAGGUCAUCUCCUCCAAAGGAAGAUGAUGGUCGUGUCUCUUCUGUAUCCCUGCCCAUGUCAGAAGCUGGUUCCGUAGUCAAUGGUCAACGACAAAGUCCUCCUUCAUCUGCAGGAAGUCAGACUAGUCAGAAAAAGGGAAAAGGGAAGAAUGGAAGAAAGACAAAAACACCUCCUAGGUACACUCGAGAUGAAAUCCAGAGAAUUAAACUUGAAGAAAGUAGAUUGAAAGAAAAACAGUUGUUAAAAAAGAAUCCAGAGUUUGGAAACAUGGCCGAAUCAGUAAUGGAGAAUGCGUUAUUGAAUAUCAUGACUGAAGCUUUGAAUGAAGAAUUCAACAUCACUGCCAGACCUAGAUUUAUAGCUCUGCCUAAGCGAACAGCAUCUGCCAAAAGCCAGAAAUAAGAUCUAGGAUUGUAAACAAUUCAGAAGAUAAAGACACUUUCUUGAGUUUAUGGUCUUUGUGUAUUGACAACCAAUUCAGUAUUCAGAAGAGGCCAUGCUUAAAAAAUCAUGAAUAGAAGAUUGAUAUAAAGGGAGAUAACUUUUCAUCUUAUAAGCAAAUGGGGAUAUCUUCAAUGGGCUAUGUCCCUUUACCAUGCUAGGAAAGGGACAUAACUGAAUUUGAAGUAAAUGUUUCUCUUUAUGAUAUUUUGACCAAUGAUUCCCUAGAGAAUAUGAUAUAAGUGGUGCCUGUGUUUUGAUGUACAAUAUGUGCAUAGGUGUGCGAAUAAAAUUCUUAGUGUGCAUCUUAUGUGUCAGAAUCUUCUGGGUUUAAAUUGAAAGCUUUCAUUAAGCAAUUGUUAUGGAUUUAAUUGAUGGACAUGUUACCAAUUGCAUGAACAUCUACUCUAUUUUGCAUGCACUUUUGAAUUACCCACAUUGUUUGAGUUUUUCAUAAUGAUGAGGUUUUUGUAUGUAUCUUUUUGUUUAUAUGAGUGUUGUAGAGCAGUACACAUGCAUAAACACUGUUUGAAUUAUAAUUGUGUUACCUUACUGGAUAAAUUCUUGAGGGCAGGCUUCAGUAAAUAGAAAGGAAUUGAUUUGAGAUUUGGUAAUAAAUAGAAGAUUGAUUAUUGAAAUCUGUUACUUUGAAUAUUGUAAUAUAAAUGACAUAGGGAGGGAAUUUAGUUAAAGACAGACAAUUGUCUUCUAUUCAUAAGAUGUACUGAAAAUGAAAUAUUAAUUGGACUUAGUUCUGUAUCAAAUCCUUUCUUGGGUUGUAUUUUGAGAAGAAGAAAAAGAAUAAUUGCUUUUUUUUUCUAAAUGAACCAUACUGUAUGAAACAAUAUUGUAUCUGUUUACUUGUGAUAUUGUAUAUGUAAUAUAUUUAUAUGUUAUUUGAAGCAUCUGUGAUAUACUGUUAAAUGUACAUUUGAAGAGUUUUAUAUUAUGUGUGUAGCACUUAAAGCUGCUUUAAGAAUGUCUGUUCUGCUAUUUAUUCUUUUUACAAGACAUUUCAUAACACAAAUAAUUCUUCACAUUCUGUAAAUAUUUUGACAAAUAACCAGCAAGUAUUGUUAUAUUAAGGUGGUACCUAACACUACAGGGAGAUAACUCUGUAAAGUCAGCUUAACGUUUUAAUAACGUUGUGUUGUAAAGGGAAUAUUAAGCUUCUCAAUGAUCAAAAUUGGUGUUUGUCAAUUUACCAGUGUAAUUUUUCUGACAAAACGCUUGGUUCAAAAAUUUUUAAAAAUUUUUAUAUUUUUGUUUAAGUGUCAAAGUUAAUAAACUUUGACAAAAAUUGACUUUGACAAAAUUUUAUGAAAAUUAAACGGGCCAAAUUUAUUUUAGUGAAAGUGUUGGGUACCACCUUAAGUAAUUAUCUGUAGUAUCAUUUCAAUCUUUUAUAUCUAUAGAAUAUUCAGUCUUCCUUUCAGGUAUUUAAUAUUAAACGUGAACUAAUGCAACAAACAAUAAUUAUUUAUUAUGGAGGCUUUGUACAAAGAUGUUUCAGUGAGGAUAGUUGAAAUUUUGUUUUGCCCGUUAAUUUUAAAAUAUAAUUUUAUUGAGCGUUGAACAAACAAGAUGACAGAAUAGGAAACAUAGACUAUGUGGUAUAAGACUGUCAGAAAAAAUCCGUCCUGAACUUUUAAUUCUAUUUCAUAUAUUGUAAUACUGUUUGUCAUGUUUGAAUUCAACACACCAAAUUGUCAGGCUGUUUUGUCUGUAUAUGAAUUUAUAUUUUUACUGUCAAAAUAAAAAAUGAGAAGUUCA